CUCCCCCGAGCCGCGGCCCCCGCCGGCUCCCUCCCUCGCGGAGCCGCCGGUCCGCGUCAGCGGCCACCGCGCUCCCGCACCGGCCCGCCGCCAGGCGCCGGUUGUGCCCUCCCCGCCCCUUCCUCCCCUGUCUUCCCCUCACCCCCCCGCCCGCCCGGCCCCUCUCCCGCCGGCCGAGCCCCGGAGCGCCGCCGCCGCCGGGGUGUGAGCGGGGCCCGGCGCCGUGCCGGGCCGUCCCUCGCCGGCGGGGCCAUGGCCGCGAGCGCCAAGCGGAAGCAGGAGGAAAAGCACCUGAAGCUGCUGCGGGAGAUGAGCAGCCUCCCGCCCAACCGCAAGUGCUUCGACUGCGACCAGCGGGGCCCCACCUACACCGACAUGACCGUGGGCAGCUUCGUGUGCACCUCCUGCUCCGGCAUCCUGCGGGGCUUGAAUCCACCCCACAGAGUGAAGUCGAUUUCAAUGACUACGUUCACACAACAGGAAAUAGAAUUUCUGCAGAAACAUGGAAAUGAAGUGUGCAAACAGAUUUGGCUAGGCCUAUUUGAUGAUAGAUCAUCAGCAAUUCCAGACUUCAGGGAUCCACAGAAAGUAAAGGAAUUUCUACAGGAAAAAUAUGAAAAGAAAAGAUGGUAUGUUCCUCCAGAGCAAGCAAAGGUGGUGGCAUCAGUCCAUGCAUCCAUAUCGGGGUCUUCUGCCAGUAGUACAAGCAGCACACCUGAGGUGAAGCCACUCAAAUCUCUCUUGGGAGAAGCUGCACCCACACUGCACUUAAACAAGGGCACACCUAGCCAAUCUCCUGUUGUAGUUCGAUCUCAAGGACAGCAGCAACAAGAAAAGAAACAAUUUGACCUCCUCAGUGACCUUGGCUCAGAUAUCUUUGCUGCUGCUCCUCCUCAGUCAACUGCUACAGCGAAUUUUGCGAAUUUUGCACACUUCAAUAGUCAUACAGCGCAGAACUCUGCCAAUGCAGGUUUUGCAAACUUUGAUGCAUUUGGACAGUCUAGUGGCUCGAGUAAUUUUGGAGGUUUCCCCACAGCAAGUCAGUCUCCUUUUCAGCCCCAAAAUACAGCGUUCAGAACGCUUUCAUCUAGCUGCAGUUUUGGUGAAUUUACUUCAGCUUUUCCUCUCCAGGCUGUACACAGUGGAAGUGCUGGAUCAGUGAAUGCUAAUUUUGCUCACUUUGAUAACUUCCCCAAAUCCUCCAGUGCUGAUUUUGGAUCCUUCAAUGCUUCUCAGAGCAACGCCACAGCAGCUGCAGCCAGUAAAGCUGCAGUGAAUAAACUGAAUCUUCAGUCAGCUGACAAAUAUGCAGCUCUUGCUAAUUUAGAUAAUAUCUUCAGUGCAGGGCAAGGUGGGAGUGAGCAGGGAAGUGGCUUCAGCACAGCAGUGUCCUCAGCAGGCCCUGCCUUGUCAGCCCCCAACCAGUCAAGUGCGUCUUCAGACAAGUACGCGGCGCUGGCGGAGCUGGACAGCGUGUUCAGCUCCACGGCCACCUCCAGCAACGCGUACACUGCCACCAGUAACGUCAGCAGCAAUGCUUUUGGAACAGUACCUGUAGCUGCUACUGCACAGACACAGCCUGCAUCUUCAAGCGUGCCUGCUCCAUUUGGAGCAACACCUUCCACAAAUCCAUUUGUAGCUGCCCCUGUUGCCCCAGUGGCACCUUCAACAAAUCCAUUCCAGACCAAUAGCCGAGGAGCAACAGGCCUCUCGGGAGCAAUGCACUCUCACAUAUUUCCUCAGGCUCAUUUUGCAGCAACAUUUGGUACUGCAUCCAUGAGCAUGCCGGCAGGAUUUGGAACUCCUGCCUCCUACAGUCUUCCUACUAGUUAUAGUGGCAACUUCCAGCAGCCCACCUUCCCAAGCCAGGCAGCUUUCCCUCAACAGACUGCUUUUGCUCAACAGCCAAAUGGAGCAGGUUUUGCUACAUUUGGGCAAGCAAAGCCUGUAGUAACUCCUUUUGGACAAGUUGCAGCUGUUGGAGUAUCUAGUAACCCUUUUAUGGCUGGUGCACCAACAGGACAAUUUCCAACAGGAAGCUCAUCAACCAAUCCUUUCUUAUAGCCUUAUAGACACUUUACCCAAAAGAACUCUUAUGUGGUCACAUAACAUCUCUGCGCCUCUUGCACUGUUGUCUUGUUUCACUGAUAUUAGCUUUAAACACAAAAGAAGUCUUUAAGAAGUAAAAAUAAAAGCCUGCAUUGUGUACCUUUAAAAAGUUUCAAAAAGGAAAAAAAAACACCUGAUACAAAAAACAAGAAAACCAAUCCCCCACCAGGUAAUAACGUGCAAAACAGAGGGCUGUGGUAACAUCCUUGAACCUGUGAGCUGGCAGGUAAAAAGUAGCGGUAUCAUGUGUAUUAAAAUUGGCUAAUAAGUUAUUGCAGAUACCACACUCAUUAUGCUGCAGUACUGUACAUAUUUUUCUUAGAAAAUAGCUAUUUGUGCAUAUCAGUAUUUGUAACUUUAACACAUUGUUAUGUGAAAAACGUUACUGGGGAAUAGAUCAGCCACUUUAAGGUGCUGUUGUAUCUCUUGGAAUGAAUGAGCUGCAUCAUUUUAACCAUCGAUAUUGGAAGUCACAAAGUUAAAUUGAAGGUUUGUUCAUUUCUCAAAAUGUUUUCCUUUCCUAAGAGCUCUUCUAUUUAUACAUGCCUAAAUCUCUAAUGUUAGAGGGAUACCUGUCUGCAUAAUAAAGCUGAUCAUGUUUUGCUACAGUUUGCAGGUGAAAAAAAAUAAAUAUUAGAAAAAAGAA